AUGGCGUGCCACCACGGCCACCUCGAGGUCGCCAAGCUCCUCUCCUCCUACGGCGCCUCCCGUGCCGCAGUGCCGACCUUUGCCACGCCCGAGAGGGUCGCGAACAUCCGCGGCCACGCUGACCUCGCCGCCUGGCUGGUCGCCAGCCGCGGCUGGACGCCGCUCGCGCACCUUGAGACCCUCACCGCCGCCCGCGCUCUCUCCCUGCUGCGCAGCGGCGCAAGCCUGCACGAGGGCGAGCCGACGCCGCUGCAGCGCGCCGCGGGCGGCGAGGGCGAGGUGGCGGCGCUGAUCCGGCAGGCGGCGGCGCCGUGGUCGCCGGCAAGCCACUCGCUCUUCCCCGCGGCGGCGCGCGCGUACGCAGUGAUGGUCAUGCGCAUCGGCUACCAGAUCGCGUUCUCUCCGCCCGACGACGCCGAGGCGCGCCCGGACUGGAGCGCGCUGUCCGACGUGUGGCGCGAGCACGUGCUGCCGCACGCGGUGGCGCGCUGA